UUUUUUUUUUUUUUUUUUUUUCCCUUUUUCUUUCUUUAAAUUUCCUUCUCCUUUUUCUCGCAUGCCAAACAGAAAAUUGGGCACUUCUGUUUGUGGCUAACGGCAAAAUAGAUCUGGUGUACUGUUGCGUAUUGGUUUACAUGCAGCAUGUGGGAUACGUAAAUGAAUAAAAAGAAAGAUUUGUGAAGAUAUGUUGAGCCAGGAGGUGAAGGUCCAAAGAGAGAAGCUUGUUUCAUGCAUCACAUGUACUCUCUGCAAUAAGCUGUUCAGAGACGCCACUACUAUCUCUGAAUGUCUCCAUACUUUUUGCAGAAAAUGUAUAUAUGAGAAGAUAGCUGAGGAAGAGUUGGAUACCUGUCCAGUGUGUAAUAUCAACUUAGGGUGUGCUCCAUUGGAGAAGCUCAGGGUAGAUCACUGUUUGGAAGAUUUAAAGGCUAAACUCUUUCCAUCCAAAAGAGAAAAGGCUAAGGCACCUGCAGUAGUUCCAUUACAAGGCAGAAUAAAGGAGAGAUCUCUCUCUUCAUUGGUAGUUAGCACACCAAAAGUAUCAGAAAAAUCUUUUCUUCCUGGAAAAAGAUUAAAAUCUAUUGCGAGGAAGAAUCCAGGAUUGCGUGAAUCUUAUCUCUUCGAUCAUAAACCUGUCAAGAAAGUAGACGACUCCCAUGAUAUGAGUUUAAGUUCACGAGAGACACUAUGGAAAAUUGCACAAACUAAAAGGCAGGUGCAUAAUUCUACUUCCGAGCCAUCCAAAAAGAAGAAGAAAAACGAAGAUAAAAAAGAGAGUACUGAACCAUGUGAAGGCAAAGCUGAUUUUUACAAGCCCUUAAAUUGCUUGGUUGAAGCUGCAAACAAAUCCAAGCUGAAUAAGUGUGAUCCAUUGGAAACUUUUGUUAAAAUGCAGCUACCUGGUCCUGCACAGAAGGAAGUUCAAGCACUUAAAGUUGAUGUUAAGGAAAAUGGUUACAACUCAAAAGCCAAUGGUGAUGAAAAUAACGAUUCAUCAUAUCCAUCAACAUCAAUAAAUUCAGUUAAAACUAAAAAGUUGCAAGGCAUACAAGCAGCUGUCUCUGAGGGCUCGAUCAUUCCAGCGCUAGCUGUUGUUAGUGCUAGUAGUAAAUUUGAUGGAAGAUUUAAUCCAAUUUGGUUCUCAUUAGUUGCUUCUGAUGAUCAGGAAGGAGAUGUACCCUUGCCUCAGAUAUCUUCAUGCUACUUGAGGGUUAAGGAUGGGAGUUUACCCGUUUCAUAUAUUAAGAAGUAUCUGGUGCAAAAGCUGGGACUUGCUAGUGAGGCUGAGGUAGAGAUAUCAUUACACGGGCAGCCGGUGAUUUCAACAUUGCAGCUGCAUAAUUUGGUGGAGUGGUGGUUGCAGAUGACACCUACAUCUAUUAUACAGACAACUGUUGGAAGCUCAGCCAAAGAUUUUGUAAUGGUGCUAUCAUAUGGCCGAAAAGUUCAACCUCCAUGAAAUAUUCUGCUCCAUCAACGAAACUGCAGUGAGAAACUGCAGUGAUCUCAAUCUGAAUAACCCGAGACAGUAGUUCUUUUUGGCCAGAUGUAAUGGUCCAGAAUUUUGAAUUUUCAUCUUGUAUACGGAAGUUAAAUUCGUUGCUUUGACAGUCUUGGAUAUUUUGUUCUUUUCUUUUCCCUUGUAAACGUAUAGAAAUGGUAGAUAUUAGAAAUGGUA